GAGACGAAUCAUGACCACUGCAAACUUUUCUGAGGAUUUUUGUCCCAAUAUUUUUGCGAAGAAUUCUAUCCAGGAGAAACUAGCGACCAUCCUGCUCCUCUUGGCCACUCUGACGUCCUCGCUGUACCUGCUACGAUGGAGCCUCACUCGAAUAAAGAAACAUUUCAUGGUAUCACUCCAACUCUCUCCCGAGGUCGAGCGACGCCGCGGUCGCGAUACGAGCAACGAAACCAUGUACGGCGCUUUUCUCCAAUGGGUCGCGAAAAACCCGAACUGUGCAGAACUCCAAAGUCACAUAUUGCUUACUAGGCAAGUCCCGUUACCUGAAAAUCCUGCCGAACCUGGGUUCAACACAGAUUUUGACUCUGACGCCCAUAUAGAUUUUCAAACCUCCUCCAACAAUUGGAGAUACCGUUUCGCCACCACGGUCGGACUCGAUUCGCCGAGUUCUUUCCUUUAUAAAAACGUGCGGAUCGAAAUUACCCGCCAAUUCCAAUCAUUUAAUAACGAGCUUGUGAUACUCUCCACGUUUUCCUGGAAUCGUGCCUUACUCCUGGAAAUUAUCCAGGAAUGCCGCCCCCUCCCAAAAAAGGAUGACACCUCUAAACAAAUAAUUUACCAGUAAUUCUCCAGGAUAAGAUCUUACCCGGUCUUCUUCAAGAUAUCAGAAAUUUUUUGAAAAUGGAGAACUGGUACGUGGAGAAGGGUAUACCCUACCGGAGGGGGUAUUUGCUCCACGGUCCUCCCGGGUGUGGCAAGUCCUCCCUCGUGAAAGCCAUCUCGGGCGAGUUGGGCUACAACAUUUGCGUCGUCUCCCUCUCCCAGAGGCUCACGGAUGAUACGGUUACAGAAUUGUUGAACCGGGCGCCGGAAAAGUCGGUCAUUUUGUUGGAAGAUAUCGACGCAGCGUUUGGCAGUAGGGAGGAGAAAGAAGAAUGACAGAAGAUUUGGGUGAAAGUGGGGGGCCGAAGUCGAGUCCUGCGUUUUACGGGCAUCCCCACUCUUUCCUCACUUUUAGAGGGCUGCUCAACGCGCUGGACGGCGUGGCUUCGUCGGACGAUGGGCAGAUCGUGUUUCUCACGACGAACUAUCCGGAACGGUUGGAUCCUGCGUUGAUCCGACCCGGGCGGGUGGAUCUUAAGGUUCGGAUCGAUUACCCGGAUGAUGCCCAGAUUGGAGGAAUGUUUGACAAGUUUUAUAAUGCAAAUGAUGUGAAGUGGGAGGGGGUGAGGGAGAAAUUUAUCCAGGUUGUGAGGGGGGUCAAGGUCAAAGUUUCACUCGCCAUGAUUCAAGGUUUGCUCUUCUGGUAUCGGGAUGAUCCUCGAGAAGCGUUGGAAAAAGCGGAGGAAUAUUUUGAAGAACAGUUUGGAAAUGUGAAAUCUUCUUGAAUGGGAUUAAUCCAUAAUUUGAAAAAUUGAUUUUGAUUAAUUAUGACAUUUUUUUGGCUCUAUUUGUGAAUUUUUGACAAAUGAUCACCAAAUUUUUAUUUGCAUUCGUAUUAAUACAGUUUGUCUUCUGUGAUUAAAUAUAUUAAUUUUUUGCUGUUUCAGGCAUAUUAAAUUUAAAUAUGUCGGCAUACACACUGUCGGCUUACUAAUGUAGGGAUAGGGUUAAUAUUGACUAAAAUGCAGAAUUUUAUUACACAAUAAAGAAACAAAAAAAAUAUGUAUCCAUUA